AUGAUCUCCUCCAGACCCUUCUCUUCAGCUCUCCUCUCUGCGCCGGUUCGACCCCAACAACCCCAGACUUUCUCCCGGCUCCCGUCCACGUCCACGUCCACACCCACCACCCUCUCUGUGUCCUCGCUGCUCUCCCAACAAUCGCAGCAAAGCCGUACUUUCUCCGCAACUGCUUCGCUCGGCGUGAAGCGCAACACAUUCCGUCCAUCUCGACGAGUCCAGAAGCGACGCUCCGGAUUCCUGGCCCGCAACAAGGACAGGAAGGGACGCCUGACUUUGAUUCGGCGGCGUCUGAAGGGCCGCAAAGCCAUGAGCUGGUAA